CGCUAGCUCCGCCCCUUCUUCUCGUCCAGCAUGGCCGCGCUGUACGAGGGGUACACGUUGUGCGGACUUGUUCCAACGCAAGAUCUUUCAAACUCAUGCAUUCGGGGCAUCGAGCAGGAGAGGGACAGCGACCAUGUCCUCGUCACGGACUCCACCAGAUCCGUCACGCUGUACAAGGUGUCGGACCAGAAGCCGCUGGGCAGCUGGACCGUCAAACAAGGUCAAACUCUGACCUGUUCAGCAGUCUUCAACUCACAGACCAAGGAAUACGUGGCCGUCUCGGACAACAAGAUGAUCAGAAUUUGGAAGGAAGAGGACAUACUCUUAGACAAGGCCUUCAAGGCAACAGUGUCAUCGGAUAUCUGGAGGGUUCAGAGUGUAAAUGGAGGGGAGCCUGUAGUCUUGUUCCAGAGAGGAGCUGUGAGACUGCUGGACUCACUGCUUUCUGCUCCUCAGCAGCCCAUAGAGGAAGUUCUGGCUCAAGAAGAGGCCAUUAGGUGGAGCACCAACAUAGUGGCAGAGACGCAGCAGUUUGUCAUCUUCACAACUGAACAGAAAGGAGAUAAUUUCCUCUACCUGCAGGGAUUGAACCCUAACACCCUACAGCGGUACCGGCUGGAGGGCGAAGAGCCUGGUCUCAUCCCGCUCAGCUUCUCAGCCUCCUACAGGGAUAAACACAUCUGCCUGCUUUAUCUCUACCCUAACGGUCACGUGUACCAGAGUGUAGUCCCCGUACGAGGCCUGGGGACUGAAGAGGGGACUCACGCCCUUCCACUUCCCCGUAGCCUGCAGAUGGCUCUUCCUGUUGGCGAGGGCCUACUGGAGGCGGCAACAGCACUCGUCCUCGAUGAAGCCCACGUAGCUGUUGUUGGGGUUCCACACCCUUCUGCUGGAGCUGGUAAAGACUUUCUCUGCAUCUGGAAUACCAAUUUCCAGACGCUUCAGGCAGGAAAAGAGAUGGCGGGUAAAAUCUAUGGACAGCUAUGGUGUUAUUCCAACAAGUUAUUCAUUCCACAUGGGAAAACCCUCUCUGUUAUACCCUUUGUGUGCCCCAAAUCCUCCCUGGCCUCUGCACUGGGAAAACUAAGGCAGGCCAAGACUGAAGAGUCCAAAGCUCCCGCUUCUGUACCGUCUUGGAAUAACAUUCUGCACGAGGAGAAAGCUCAGCCCUCCAGAACAGUGGAGACCAGGAAGACGAGAUCAAACCGUAAAACUCAAUCAACACCUUGUCUAACAACUGAUCAGGUUCUGGAGUUCAUCAAGACGGCACCAGUAGAAGAUGUCCAGAAGGAAGUGGAGGGGCUUCUAUCCAGAUCAGACAUGCAGGACUCGCAGCCCUCAGUGGGGCAGUUGGUAUCGAUCCUUGUGUCCCGUAGCCUGAGUGAUCCGGCCUUCUACACCCCGAGCACCCUGGCACAGCUAGUGCAGACUCAAUGCCUCUGCCACAGUGUGUGUCCUGACUUUGUACUGUUGGCCCUGGAGAGGAAGGAUUACUUCCUUUGUCAACUCUGCUUGCAGUUCUUCCCUGACAUCCCUGAAGCUGUCACCUGUGCCUGCCUCAAGGCCUUCAUCAGCAUGCCAGACGUUGAUGCAGAGAAAGCUAGUCUGGACCCUGACAGCAUCUCCUUCAUGGAAACUGUCACCUCGAGGGAGCGUGGCCAGGUUGGCCUGCAAAAUGGUUUCAACUCCACCUCCUUGAACGAGGAGAGCUCAGAUGGCGUCAGUGGAGGUGAUGCCAUCACAGAAGACGAAGAGAAGCCCUCAACUCGAUCAGAACAGAACUGUCCAGUGGGAUUACACAAGGCUGUUCUACUAAACGAGGUCUUGCAGACGGCGUACAGUGACUCGUUCCUCCUCCCACACCUAAAGGAUCUCUCCUCCCAGCAUGUUGUCCUUUUCCUCCAGUACCUGCAGUUCCUCUACCUAAAAUAUUCCCAAGAUGCUUUCCCACAGACGCAUGGAUUGAGAUCACCAAGUCUGGCUCAGAUCAUGGAUUGGGUAUGCUUGGUGCUGGAUGCCCAUUUUACAGUUCUAGUGAUGACUCCAGAGGCCAAAGGCUUAUUGCUGAACCUCCACAACUAUGUGAAGUCACAGGUGAGACUGGUGUCUGAGCUUGGAAAGAUCGAAAGCAGCCUCCAAGCGCUCCAUCAGAUGAAAGUGAAGAAAGACGUUGGACAAUACUCCAUUGAAGUCAUUGAGCUCUUUUAGAAUAUGUACAGAAUGCUUUUAACAAACCUUUGGGCAUAUUGUCUCCUUCAAACGUUUUACCUGAAGGGGCUUUCAGGGUUGUUUGCAUGUCUUGACUGGUUUUAUAUGUGCUUUUUGGCACAGAUGAGGGUCAUCAGAACUCAAGUUGAGUAAAUUAUACUGUUAAGGUGUUGAAUUAACAUGCAGAUACAUUUGAACAGCGUUUAAAAUAUGUAUAAGCAAAUGACAAUGUGCCCAUUACGUUGAAUUCAGCUGCGUGAUUAAGUUACACUGUCAGCUUGGUUAAUAGGUUUGUAAAAAAAAAUACAUGCAAAAGCUUCUUAAUACAGCAGUAUGGUUAUGGUUUUAACAUUCAUAAAGGGACUCUGUAUGCCAUUGAACACUGAACUGGGAGUGAUUGGUUGUAUUUUGUAUUUCCUAACAGAGCUGAAUGUCUAGGUGUCAGCUGUAACUCUUCAGGAUUUCCACAAGAAAGCCUUUGUGCUGAAUACAAUUAUAUAACAAUGAGAAAACUGUAAAUCCAUAUGUGACUUAUUUUUUAUUAAAUGAUCAUGGUCUAAUACAACCACA